CCAACACCACAGGAUAGCUGGGAACAAAGGGGCGACCCCAUCGCCCCUUCUCCUCCUAGUAGCUCGCGCCGCCCGCACUCCUGCUUCUUCAGCUGUGCAGCGCGGCGUGCGCCGCCCUGGUUGGCGCAGCUGCUGCCCCCGCCUUCUUUUUCUCCCGCCCCAUUCCCCACCUGCCUCCCUCCCCUUCCUCCUCGACCACCCCCGGCGCGUCGCGGCCACGAUGGCCACCGCCGUGCGGCGGCCGGCUGCGGUGGCCGCGCCCGCCGCGGCCGCGGGGACGCUAGGGCAGCCGCCGCCGGAGGAGUGCCCGAUAUGCUACGGCGCGGGCGGGAUGCGGCGGCUCCAUCCCUGCGGCCACUCCCUCUGCGGCGCCUGCGUGGUGAAGGUCGAGCAAUUUGCGGGGGCGCAGCGCAAGGAGAGGCGGUGCCCCCUGUGCAGGCAGUGCUUCGUGGCCCUCCACAGGCCCAGCGGCCUGGUGGAACUCUGCGCCCGCAGGCUGGAGUGGUGCGCUCCCAGCCCCGGCGAGAUUGCGCGCAUGCCCACGGAGCCAUCCCCGCUCCUGGCGCGCAUGAAGAACCGGCGGCUCCUGUACGGGCCGCUGCUCCUGGAGCUGCUGCGGGGCCUGUCGCUGGAGCGGCUCCCGCUGCAGGAGGGACGCCUGCAACCUGACGACUGCGGACGUGUCGGCGUUCGUGCCUGUGCUGGCCGAACCACUGCCGAAGGCCGUCGUGCUCAGCAACGUGGCAAUGCUGGACGACGCUGCCCUGAGCUGUCUGCUCGGGCGCGUGGCGCCAACGCUCGAGGUGCUGGACACCAGCAGCGCGUCCGAGAAGCUCUGCGGGCGGAGCCUGGAGGAGUUCGCGAGCGCGAUGCCUGUGCUCUCCCAGCUGAGAAUGGUCGACAAUUUCCAGCUGUCCUCCUCCGCCAUAGAGGCUGUGGCGCAGGGCUGUAGUGACACCCUGAAGCUUGUCAAUCUGAACGGCUGCCGCAAGUUGGGCAACGAAGCAGUUGCCAGCCUUGCCGCCUGCCGCCACUUGGAGCACCUGGGGCUCCGCGGCCUGUGGAAGCUGGAGACUGGGCCGCUGACGUGCGUGCUGGAGGCCUGCAGCCAGUUGCAGUCGUUGGACCUCACCUUUUGCAGCCGGGUGUGGGGACCCGACGUCUUCAGGGCCGCCGCGGGGCACAGCCAGGAGUUGUCGGAGCUGCUGGUCAGCGGGGUGGGCGGCGUGGACGACGAGGCGGUGCUGAGCCUGGCGCUCAGCACGGCGGGCGCGGCCAUGCGGCACCUGGCGAUCGGGCGCUGCGACAUCACGGCUCAGGCGCUGAAGGCUAUCAGGCGCAACUGCCCGCGGCUCCGCCGCCUCGACAUAUCCGACUGCCACGAGGUCGCGGAGAGCUCCGUCAUGGAUCUGGUCAUGGAGAUGCCGUCCUUGCGUGUCCUCCAGACGAAGCACUGUCGGUUGUUGUCGGUGCAGAUGCAGCUCUACCUGGCGCAGCUGCUGGCGGGCCGCUCCCUGGGCUACGAGGAGCAGCCGGCCGGAGGGAAGGCCACCGCUGUCGGAGCCGCAGGCUCGUUGGCCGCCCGCCCCGGCGCCGAGCCGGCCGACUGCGGCGCAGCGUCCUCCAGCAGCUCGCACGGCGCCGCCGCGGGCGCCUCUGCAGGCGCGGCGCCGAGUUCGUCAUCAUGCUCUCCGACUGUGCCGUCAAGCUCCUCAACGACUCUACCGUCAGGUUCCUCGAGUUCGGCUCCUUCGCCCCGAGGCGGCGGCAGCACUGGCACCGGCGCCGAGGCGGAGAGCGAGCCCGCGGCGCAGGGAGCCGACGAGGGGGAGGGCCGGCCCGAGCAGGAGGCGCCCCGCGCGGAGGCGGCAGCCCCUGCGGCGCCCUCCGGCGCAGCGAGGCCUGGCCCCGCCACCCCUCGAGUCGUCCCGGGCCACCGGGAGGCGAGCACGAGUGGGCCCUGGUGAUCGGUGCCGAGGGCAGCAGGCCGCACUGGUGAGCAGGCACGGGCACGUAUGGGCGCUGGUGGGCACGCAUGGGCACUGGUGAUCGAUCGCCGACAUAUCGGCGAUGCGGCUCGAUCCGCAGACCCCAU